AGCAGGUCCUGUUCCUAGGAGAUAAGAGUAUCUUGCACAGCAGGUGCAGGUUUCCCAGCAGCUCAGGCAAGAGUCCGAUGUUUGUGCCAUCUGAUCCUGAUGUCUGGAGAGAUAGCCAUGUGUGAGCCUGAAUUUUGCAAUGACAAAGCCAGGGAGCCGAGCAUGGGUGGCAGGUGGCGAGUGUCCUGGUACGAACGGUUUGUGCAGCCAUGUCUGGUCGAACUGCUGGGCUCUGCUCUCUUCAUCUUCAUCGGGUGCCUGUCGGUCAUUGAGAAUGGGACGGACACUGGGCUGCUGCAGCCGGCCCUGGCCCACGGGCUGGCUUUGGGGCUCGUGAUUGCCACGCUGGGGAAUAUCAGUGGUGGACACUUCAACCCUGCGGUGUCCCUGGCAGCCAUGCUGAUCGGAGGCCUCAACCUGGUGAUGCUCCUCCCGUACUGGGUCUCACAGCUGCUCGGGGGGAUGCUCGGGGCUGCCUUGGCCAAGGCGGUGAGUCCUGAGGAGAGGUUCUGGAAUGCAUCUGGGGCGGCCUUUGUGACAGUCCAGGAGCAGGGGCAGGUGGCAGGGGCGUUGGUGGCAGAGAUCAUCCUGACGACGCUGCUGGCCCUGGCCGUAUGCAUGGGUGCCAUCAAUGAGAAGACAAAGGGUCCUCUGGCCCCGUUCUCCAUCGGCUUUGCCGUCACCGUGGAUAUCCUGGCCGGGGGCAGUGUGUCUGGAGGCUGCAUGAAUCCCGCCCGUGCUUUUGGACCUGCGGUGGUGGCCAACCACUGGAACUUCCACUGGAUCUACUGGCUGGGCCCACUCCUGGCUGGCCUGCUUGUUGGACUGCUCAUUAGGUGCUUCAUUGGAGAUGGGAAGACCCGCCUCAUCCUGAAGGCUCGGUGAAGCAGAGCUCGUGGGAUUCCUGCUGCUCCAGGUGUCCUCAGCUCACCUGUCCCAGACUGAGGACAGGGGAGUUCCUGCAUUUCCUGCCAGGGCAGAGGCCCAGAGGAACGACCCCCUGCUUCCACUGCUUGGGCCUGCUUUCUCAGAUAGACUGACUGCUGAGGAGGCUCUAGGUUCUUGGAAUUCCUUUGUGCUCAUCAGAGACCCCAGCCUGGGGAACACGCUGCCCGCACUGCCCAGAGAGCAGUGCAAACACCACAACGUGAGCGUGUUUCUUGAGAGGAAUGUCCCCGAGUUGGACAAGGAGGCUGUUUCUGCACAUCAGCUCAUUUCCCGCACCCCAUUUCUUUCUUGAUUGCUUUGUUGGGGGCCCGGCCACUUCCUUGCUUCUCAAGCUGACAAUUCUCACUUUGCAAUAAAUAGUCCAGUAUUUCCUUCCA